AUGGCGGCGGCGCUAGCAGGGCGGGAGGAGGAGCUCCUGGCGCAGCUCCGCGCGCUACUGUUCUUACCUGCUGCUGCUUCACCGGCGCCGCCCUGGACACCAGCGCCUCCGGCGGUUAAGGCGGAGUCCGCCGCCGGACUACCGCUAGCUGCCAUCGUGGCCCGUACUACUACUGGCGGCGGACGCGGAUCCGGACCUGCUGCUGCUGCGUCAUCGGCUACGGCCGCCUCCGCCGACGCGUCGUCGUGCGGCGGCGCCGGACGACGGCGCCGACAGGGUCAGGGGAGCAAGAGAGACCGGGACGACGACAGCAGCGACGCCAAGGACGACGAACAGCACGAUGAGGCGCCUGCUGCAGCUGAUGCACGGACUCAGCAUUAUCCUCCUCCUCGCUGCAAAAGAAGGAAGAAGAAGCAACAGAGCAAGUCGAUUGUGACGUCAGUGCCCGAUUUCGAUGGGUACCGGUGGAGGAAGUACGGGCAGAAGCAGAUUGAAGGUGCCAUGUACCCCAGGAGUUACUACAGGUGCACACGGAGCGCCGAGCAAGGCUGCCCGGCCAAGCGGACGGUGCAGCGCAACGACGACGGCGGUGACGCCGCCACCACCACCCCAGAGUACACGGUGGUGUAUGUGGCGGAGCACACCUGCACGGCCAACGACUCGCUGGAGGCGCCGGUCAUCCUCGAGACAUCGACCACCAUCGUCGUCCCUGCUGCUACUGCUGCCAGCACCACCACCACCAAGGGACGACGACCUCAAGAUGACGACAGUACCUACACUGAUAGCAUCGUUCCGACUACGCCAUCUGGCUCUUGUUCUACUACCACCACCAUCACCACCGGCACUGAAUCUCCGGUGAUCUCCGGCGACGACGUCACCUGCUGGAGCAGCAGCGAUUAUAACUACGCCGACGACUACUACUGCGGCGGGUUGUUCGCCGACACCCAUAGGGGUGGCUGGGCCACCGGACCGGCGGACUCGGCGUCGUUGGAGGAGAUGGAGGACUUGACCGGACCGAUCCGGUCACCGGUGCACGUUCCCGUGCCUGGUUGGACCAUUGACCAGCUCGUCCUGCAGCUCGUUAAUGAGCCUGUCUGCCAUUUCUAA